GAGCCUCACGGCGACCACGAGCGAACGUUGCGCGAGAAUUAUCUGCGUGAUAGGAUCGAUUCGUCGUUGCGCAAAGCACAUGGCUCUUUUUGUCUUUCAUGACCGCAAGGCAACGACGGAGCGCUGCGCUGGGUAGUUCCUCCUCGCCGGGGAUGCUACGUUUUUGUGUUCGCGCAUACUUAAUGAUCAUGCCAGUGCUCUGCGUCUCCAUCCCGCACUCCUACAUCCCCAUAUCUUCAUCCCAGUCAUCUUUCAGUUAUCGCAUCGCUAGACGUUGCUGACAUGUCUUCUGACGCUUCCACGAAACUCUCCCUGGAGGAGACCUUCCUUGCCGAGCGAUACUGUGCCCUACUCAGCAAGGACAGUAGGCAACUCAUCUAUGGACCCCCCACUUCCUAUCGCACGACGUGGACCAAGGGUUCCAGACUCGCGAAAGCGGAGGACUACCUGCAGUAUGCCGCCGGGCUCCUGCAGAUCCACGGGUUUCAUUUUCCUGUGGAUGAUCUCAAGAAGUUUGAGGUGGAAUAUGAACGGUUGACGAAGCUGGCUCCCGCUAUGAACGCCUCCUUCGACCCGUUAGGAUCCAAAACGCGAGACUACAAAAACGAGUGCAGGGAACUAUUCAUAUGCAUAGGGGAAAAGGUCACGGAUGUUGUACUUGAGGUCCUAGUACCGAUUGUGAGCUCGGACCCGCCCCCACCGUAUUGAUUGAUUAUCUCUGUCCGUUGACCUGUAUCGAAGAGGUCGCAAAUAAUGUACCACCAUCGAUGCGUUGCUUUACCCAACAUCGUGCUUGGCAACAUGUACCCCUAAUACUUUACUACACAC